AUGAGCGACGAAGUUGAUAAUGACAAUGUUGUCGAUUUGGAAGAUGUAUCAGAUCCAGAAACACCUCCAAACAAAAAUGUUCGAUAUGUUAUAUCUGCAAACCAACUUUAUUCGAUUUCAUUGGCAGAAUUAAAUCUUCCCCCUGGUUUAUGUGCAGGAUAUUGGAAGCUAAAUACGUUUAAUCAACGUCUUACAACACCGUCAGAUGUAGUACUUGCUUUUUACUGUCCUUUAUUUAUUGGCCCAUGCUGUACUCCACUUAGAAGAAAAGGUUGGCUGCGAUUAUUUCUCACACUAACAUUUUGGGUUAUGCUCUUACAAGUGAUUAUAUUUUUUGCGUUAUUAUCAGUUUCUCACAAUCCAUUACAUAAUACAACCAUAAAUCCUAGUAUUUUAUCAACUUACGGCUGCUUAUCUUCAUCUAUUGUCAGAAAGACAAGACAAUACUGGAGAUGUCUCAGUCCAAUUCUGUUGCAUGGAAGUUUUGGACAUUUAUGUAUCAAUGUAUUCCUAGAAUGCGCAUUUGUACUUGGAAGAGAAGCACAGUGGAAUGCUUUACGAACUUACGGCUCGUUUAUCCUCUCAAAUAUUGCUGGCGCCUUUAUGACUUUAGUUUUUAGUCCACAGACGUGUUAUAUAGGAUCUAGUAACGGAAUAUUUGGAGUUUUCGGAUCGUUCAUCUCUCUUUACUUCAUUAUGUUCGAAACUCUUCAAUGGAGACAUAGAAUCGGCGCAUUAUUUAUGAUUUCACUGUUAGUCAUUUUCUUAAUAUUUGCAAGUGUUCAACCUGAAACAGAUAGCUAUGGGCAUAUUGGUAGUUUCCUUUUUGGAUUAGUUUUUGGAGUUAUUAUUUUUGUAAAUAGAAUCAAAAAGAGAAAUCAUAGAGUAAUUGCUUUAAUCCUUGGUUCUAUAUUCUCUAUUAUACUUUUGCUUGGUCCAAUGGCUCUUUGGGUAUUUGAAUGGAGUCCAAAUGUUAUUGCCGAAUUUUUCAAGAAGUUAUUUAGAUAA